AUGACAUGUGAAUGUGGUGUGAACAAGCGAAAAAUUGCAAAUGAAGAAAUGAAGUUUAUUGAGAUUGGCGCAAAUUUAACUGAUCCAAGGUUCCGUGGAAUUUAUAAUGGAAAACAAGUGCAUGCUGACGAUUUUUCGCAAAUGUUGCAACGUGCAACAAAUGCUGGCGUCGAAAGAAUUAUCGUGACUAGCGGUACAGCUCACGAAGGUAUCGAAGCUUUGCAACUAGUCAAGAAUCAUGAUAAUCUUUUCACGACAAUUGGUUGCCAUCCGACUCGAUGUAACGAAUUUGAAGAGAAUCCUGGAGGUCCCGAUCAAUAUUAUCAAAAACUCCUCGACAUCGCCACGGAUGAAUCCGCCAAAGGCAAAGUGGUGGCUAUAGGAGAGUGUGGUCUUGGAACAGAAUUUAUGGAUAUCCUUUUCUUAUAUUCUAUCUUAUCCUCGAGAGAAGAAAAUAUUACCUUAACAAACAAAUUGAUUCGAAUAAUACAUAUGGUCAGAAAGCAUAGAGAUAAAUUCACGCGUGGAGUUGUUCACUCGAUUACUUGUGAUAUUGAAGAAAUGGAACGCGCUGUUUCUCUUGGAUUACACCUUGGGAUUAACGGGUGUUCACUAAAGACAAAAGAAAAUCUCGAGGUUGCAAGGCGCGUUCCGGUGGACCUAUUGAUGAUAGAAACAGAUGCUCCAUGGUGCGACAUUCGCCCAACUCACGCAUCAUAUUCCCAUUUAAAUUCAACCACCCUUUCCAAGGAAAUGAUGGAAUUAUACCAACCGCCAUCACGUAAGAAGGAAAAAUUUGAACAAGGAUUAAUGGUUAAAGGAAGGAAUGAACCAUGUUGCAUUGGCCAAGUGUUAUAUGUAUUGGCCUCGAUUCGUGGUACGAACCCUGAAACACUGGCAGAAAAAAUAUAUGAAAAUACCAGAAAAUUCUUUUUUAAUGAAGAAUAG